GCAGGGAGGAGGAGGAGGAGGAGGAGGAGGGAGAGGGAUGAGGUCUCGGGUUCCGGCGGCGAAGCCCGGCGUCUCUCCUUUGGAGGAGGAGCCGGCAGCGGCGGCUGCGACGAUGGACGGGUGGGCAGCGCGUCCAAGGAAGAAGGGGACGGGGUUGCUACGGACGUGGAUGAAGGUGGACUCGUCGGGUCAGGCACAGGUGAUCGAGGCCGGGAAGCACGCCAUCAUGCGCCGGACGGGGCUGCCGGCGCGCGACCUCCGCAUCCUUGACCCGCUUCUCUCAUACCCAUCGACGGUGCUCGGUCGAGAGCGGGCGAUCGUCAUCAAUCUUGAGCACAUCAAGGCCAUCAUCACCGCCCAGGAGGUUCUCCUACUAAACUCCAAGGACCCCGCCGUCUCGCCCUUUGUCGAAGAGCUCCAGCGCCGGAUUCUCCGAUCCCAUCACGCCCUCAAGCAGCAGCAGAUGCAACGAACGCAGUUGCAUCAGCAGAAGGAAGAUAGGAACGGCAGCGGGGACGCUGCGGAAUGGCAAAGUGGGUAUGAUUCGACGGUCAGCCCGAACAAUGCCUAUGUGAAUUUGAAUACCGGGUAUGGUGGAGAGGACGGAAAGGGAGAGGGGAGGCUUCCGGUGUUUGAAAAUUCAGAUGGGUCUCGGCUUCUUCCUUUUGAAUUUAUUGCGUUGGAGGCAUGCCUCGAGGCUGCUUGUAGUUGUCUAGAGACUGAGGCAAGAACACUGGAACAGGAAGCACAUCCAGCACUAGAUAAGUUGACAUCCAAGAUUAGCACACUUAACUUGGAGCGUGUCCGUCAGAUCAAGAGUCGUUUGGUUGCAAUAACUGGCCGAGUCCAAAAGGUCAGGGAUGAGCUUGAACAUCUAUUAGAUGAUGAUGAUGAUAUGGCAGAAAUGUACUUGACGGACAAAUUGAUGCAGCAGAGACUUGAUGAAUCAUCCUCUUUUGCUUCAUUACAAGAGAGAGGAGAUAGCAUGGAUGAACAGGCUCUUCCCUCAGACAUGGAUGAUCGCAGGAUGCCUGUUGAAGCAUCUUUGGAAACAAACGAACUUUCAGACAGUUAUCAACCUGAUAUCCAUAAUUUGGAUAAGGAGGAUAGUCUACUUAAUGAGUCUAGCAUGCUUAGAGUAGACAGUCAUGGAACUCAUGCUGUAAGCACAGACAGUAGCAACAAACAUCUUGAUGUGGAGGAGCUUGAAAUGCUCCUUGAAGCAUAUUUUGUACAGAUUGAUGGUACUCUCAACAAAUUGUCUACGCUGCGAGAGUAUGUGGAUGACACUGAGGAUUACAUCAACAUAAUGCUCGACGACAAACAGAACCACCUGUUGCAGAUGGGAGUUAUGUUGACCACUGCAACUCUUGUUGUGAGUGCGUUUGUUGUUGUUGCCGGCAUUUUUGGCAUGAACAUAAACAUUGAUUUAUUUGAGAAGGAAAAGGCUGGGAUGCCCCAGUUCUUGUUAACCGUUGGAGGCGGCACCACAGGCAGUAUCAUUAUCUACAUCAUUGCCAUUGCAUGGUGCAAGCACAAGCGCCUAUUGGAAUGAAGGGAGUUCAAUAUCUCCAUUUGCAUCUUAUGCGGAAAUAUAUAGUUCAGUCCAUUAUAAGCAAGGAGUGCUGCUUAGCAGUAUAAUAUCUGCCAAAACUGUUGCAGUGGCUAGCUAUACGUGUACAAAAUAAAUGCACAGUCGGAUGUAAACUUAAAACCAUUCAGUUGCUGAUGUCAUGUGAGCGUAUAGAGCGUUUGAAGAGAUCACAAAAAUGUGGCUGAAGUCUCCCAUCAACAUUUAUUAAGAAGAUUUAAGAAGAGGUACACUAUGGGGCUGUUGGGCAUUAGGAACAAUGAGUGGGUGGUACAUGAAUGUGCUCUAAAAGUGGGGUAUAUUCAUGAAAUUAUUGAAUAAGUGUUUCACAAAUCUGUCUUUGUACUUCGUGGUACUUUAAUGCCAAACGGCCCCUAUAGUUUGUUACUUUGGAA